AUGGACGAGUUAAAACGAUAUUAUAUUGAUAUUAUUCGAAUAAGUGAUCCAGAGAAUGUUAAUGUAACAGAAAAGCGAUUAAAAAACUAUAGUGAAAUUAAUCAAUUAUUACCACUUUUUAUUGAUAAAUUUUUUAAUCAAUUUAAUGAAGGAACAAUACUAGAACAUCCAUUUGCAAAAUCAGUAUUAAAAGGGAUGGUUAUAUUAUCGAGUGAACAGUUUUUUGAAAGUUCUCAAUACAAAUUCAUGAGUGAUGAAUUUAUUAACUCAUAUUCUCAUUAUUAUUAUAUUCUUGUUAAUGGAAUAAUUAUUGAUAAUAAGUUGUGUAAAAAUAUUAUUGAUUUGGCACUAAACGUAUUUCCUAAAAUUGAAUUUAAUAUUAUUCCAAAAGAGCUUAUCCAAAUAAAUUUUAAACAAAUUGAAUAUGCUUCUCUUUUUCUUCCAGUAUUUGAAAUGAUUAGUAAAGUAAUGAAUCCUAAAGUUCUUCAAGAGUUAUAUAUUAGUAGGUCAAUGAAAGAAGCAUUAAAUAAAACAAUUGAAACGAUGUUAGAUGCAAAACUUGAUGAAAAUACAUUAAGAGUAAUUGACACGUAUUUAAAAUUUAUUAAAACAACAUGUACUUUUGACUCUAGAAUACUAAAUAUUCAUAUCCAAUCAUUAUUUUUUAAUAGAGUUGUCAUUAUCAUUACUUCCCCUAUUGAUUUUAAAUUGUUAAAUACAUCAACUAACGAUGCUUCUUUAUUUGAUACUUUACAAUUAUCUAUUGUUACUUCAUUACAAGAUCUUUGUUUUUAUGGAAAUGGUGUUUAUUGUAGUAUAUCUACUCCUCCUUCAAUUAACAAUAACAAUAAUGUUGGAUUAAUUAAAAAUUAUGAAAUACCAUCAAUAUUAAUGAAAUUACUUGUUUGUCCAAGACUAACAUUAUACGCACUACAGUCACUUCAGUUCAUCUUAUUUUGUAAUUCAGAAAAUUAUUAUAUUCUUCCAACUUACUUAGAAUCAAUUUGUUUAAUGUUAGUGUCUUUUAAAAGUGUUGAAAUUGAAUUAGUAUUUCAAAUGUUAGAAAAAUUAUUAAAUACGUACCACCGUGAUUUAUCUCCUUUUGUCGACGUAUUUAUUCAAUUUAUUUCAUUGUCUAAUUUUCUUCAUACAUCUGUUAUGCCUCCAUUUAUUUCUUUUAUUAUUAAAUUAAUUGGAAGUCAUCGUUCAUUAUAUCAAUCCUCAUUAAGUCCUUUAUUAUUUCCUUUAAUUCAAGUACUAUUAGAUACUUCUACAACAACCGAAGAUACAUCUAAUGUUGUUGAAUGUGUUACUCGAGCUAUUUGUAUUUUAUUAUCUGGGAAUAAAGAAAACAUUGCAUUGUUUAUGAAAGAAAGUUCAAUGAUAGAAAGGCUUGUUCAAUUAUUUAAUAAUAAACCUCAAUACCGAAAUGAAAUUACAUCUAUUAUCAAAGAAGUUAUUGCAUUGGUCCCAACAGAUCAAGCAGCACUUAUUUCAACAUUAAUGAUUGAUGAAAUAUUAAAUGAUAUUGAUCCAAUUUCUCGUCUUUCUUCUGCUAUUUCUUUAAUGGACCAAUCACCAAUUGCCAGAGAAAUGUUUGGUGUUUGUAAUUGUUUUGAGUUAUUACGUAAAUUUAUUGAACGUUGGGGAUAUUCUCAACCUUUAAAUACUCCAACUCGAAGUAAGAUAUUAGUUCAACGAAUGAAUAUCAUAACAUCAUGUGUAGAUUCUUAUGUCUGUACUUUACAAGAAUCAACGACAAAUAGAAUGCGUUUAGAAAAUGGGUUUCCAAUUAAUUUUGUUGAUGAGUAUUUAGAAUUUAAUCCAUGGAAAGAAACUGAACCAAUUAUUAUCAGUGCUCAUAUAUUAGCUCUUAUUACAGAACAACCAACAAAUAAAAUUAAAUUGAUAUUUACAGGAGAAACAAUUAAAGUCAAUAUCAUCAAUUCUUAUCUACUUCCUUCACUAUUGCGUUUCUCAAAAAACCUUAAAGAGAAACAAAGGAAUUAUCUUUUUAAAAUUCUUACAAAUGCUUUUGAAAAUACAAUGGAAUUAUUCGGUGCUUAUCAAUCAAAUGUUUUAGAAACAAUUCUAUCAUGCUUUUCUAAUGCUUUGAAUGAUCCUUUAUUAUUUCGAUUAAUUGAAAAAAUAGGAAGAUACUCUAUCAAACCCAAAAGUUGUAAAAAACUUAUUAAAUCUUUAAAAGGAGAAUGCCUUAAUAGUAAUUUAUUAUCAAUGCUUAGUUCUUUAGCGAGUGGAGAUGCAGUAGGUGGAUUAACUUUUGACACUUCUGAUAAAGUAUCGUACAUAAAAAAUUAUAUAUGGUUAGAUAAUAUUCCAUUGUCAAUUAUGGGAUGGUUUAGACUCUGUGGUGGGAUAUACAAUAUAGUUGAAAUUAUUCCAAUUGGGAAUUCUAGUGGAAUAUCUAUUUCUAUGAAUACUGGAGUAAUGGAAAUUUUUAAUGAAACUACAAGAUUAAAUUUCCUAAAUAUUCCAUUAGGGACAUGGUUUCAUUUAGCCAUUUGUAUAUAUCCAAACCAACAAAUUUUAUGUUUUGUUAAUGGAAACUUCAUUAGUGAAUCAAAGUCAGUUAUUAAUAUUCUACAAGGAAGUUAUACUGUUACUAUUGGUCAUAGUGGUCAUUCAACUCAUUCAUAUUGUUUCAGUAUAGGAGAGUUAAUGAUUAUUAAUGGAACAAGAACAACAAGUGAUAUAAAAACAGUGUACCAACUAGGUCCACAGUAUAAAGGAAGAUAUUGUGCUUCAUGUUAUAAUGAGUCAAUAAGUUUGAGAGGACCAUCAAGUCUUAUUAAUCCCUCUAUUUCUAUUCAAAGAGAUGAUAUUAUUUAUGUUAUGAGUGAUCUUAUCAAUGAUAUAUCAAGAACAGAUUUAGUUGUUGAAGGAAGAGUUUGUCCAACAUCACCUUCUCCUUUUGUCACUUGUAUUUGUAGAUGUGGGGGAAUAGGAUUAUUAUUAUCAUUAAUAGAAAAAUCUUCUUCAACACCAGAGUUAUGUGAUUCGUUGCAAGUGUUAAUGUUUUGUUUAAGAGGAUCAUCAGAACUUUAUGCCGAAGCUCUUAAAACAAAUUCAUUUAAUAUUCUAGUUCUUAUUUUACAUUCAAAGAAACAAUUAAUAUCACAUGGAGUUUUACAAGUAUUAUUAGCAUUAUCAGGAAUUAAAACAAGUGACUCUGAUUUUUGUGUAACACACCCAGAGAUAUUAACUACUUUAGUUCUUGAUUUCGAUCUUUUAAGUUCAUGCCCAAAUGGAAUUGAAUAUGUAUUAAAAACAUUAAAACAUGUUUAUGAAUUUUCUCCAGUUUCUGCAUCAGAGUCAUUAAGAGGAGUUGGGUUAAUGAGAAAAUUAAUGGUUCUUUUCAUUGAUGAAAAUACAGAAAGUUCAGUAAUUAAUUGUGUAACUCAAUUAUUAAUAUGCAUCCUUUCAGUAAAUUGUAGUAAAGAAGAAGUUUCUGUUGUAACAUCAUUUGCCUCAUACUUUCUUCAAGUUUUUGAUAAAUCAGAUUCAGAUUUUCAUCGUUCUUGGUGUGCUUUUAGAUGUACUCAAUUAUUAACAUUAUUAGAUCAAAUAGUUUCUGUAAAAGGAAUUCUUCCUGGAUUAUCAUCUAAUUUUAUUUAUCAAUUUGUUAGUGUUUCUAAACCACCAGAAUCGCUCGCACCACCAUUACUUCAUCUUGCAGCAAAUCUUUCAUUUUUAUCUCAAUCAUUUUCUGAUGAUUUUUAUUCAGAUUUAGAUCAAUUACUACGAGUACUUUAUGUGUUUACUUCUUCAAAAGAAUCAAUAUAUGCUUUAUUUGCUCUUUUAUUACAUACUAAUCCAGUUAUUUCAGAACUUUUUGAAACAGUUAAUAUAGUUCAACGUCCAUUAUGUCCUAGAUAUAUGUUGUUAUUAAAUGAAAUUAUUAGACUGUCUUUAUUAAUUGAAUUUGAUAAACAACGUAUUUCAAAUUCAGAAUUCAUUAUUUUAACAUUUAUUGAUAUAUUUCAUCAAUACCGUUCAAUAAGACAAACAAUUAUUCAAAGCAAUGAAUUGGUAAGGAGUUUAUUAAAUAUUCUUGUUCUUAGAAAUAAAAAAUAUAUUGGUGAUGUUGAAUUAAAUAAAGAACAACAAACACUUUGUAAAGAUGUAGUUAAAUGUAUUGGGUAUUUAAUUGCUGCUGCAUUAAGAGAUGGAGAUGGAUAUAAAAAAAUAAUAUACUAUUCUUCUAUUAUACAACCAAAUGGAGAUUUAUUAAAAGAAAUAAUUAUUUCAUCGAUCCGACAAUUACAUGAAUUAGUUGAUUCAAUUCCUAAAGAUAAAAUUACUAAAAUUUUUGUUGAAUAUUCUCAAUUCCUAUUAGAUAUCUCAAUUUCACAACAAAUGAAUAUAAGUCUUCAUUUAGUCAUUAAUUGUAUUUACGUCUUAAUGAAUAUUUAUGUAGACUUCAAAGAAAUUCAUUCAAAAGAGCAAAAUAAUGUUUGGGUAGAAAUGGUUGAUAGGAUGAAUCUUUUAAUGUUUGAUAACGUUACUGAAGAUUCUUUUGUGUUUGUCGCACAACAAUUUCAUCUUCAAGACUUCUUUUUUAGUCAACCACACUCUGAAACAUAUGUCACAUCAUUCUUAACAAUUAUAUUAACUCAAAUAACCAAUAACCAACUUAAAAAAAUUAAUCCAAUAUAUUCGAGUAUUCUCAAAAGAAUGUCAAUGAGUUAUAUGAAUUCAUUAAAUAAAAUACUUCCAACGAGAGAUCUUAAGAAAGGGUUUAAAUCAUUAUUACAAAUGAACUCUGAUAAAGUUUUCUUAUGGGUAGAAAAUAAAAUACUUGAAUUACGUUCGUUAUGUCUUCAAUUAAAUCAAAGUAUUAGAACAUUUAGAAAUAUCCAAGAAGAAAGAAAAGAAAUUAUUAUCAAACAGUUGGCAUUAUCUUUUAAAGAAAUUGGAAAUGAAGUUGAUGAUAUUCAUAAAUCUGUUAUGACCCAAGAUGAUAGAUUAAAAGAAAUUGACAAUAGAAGACAAAAAGCAAUAGAGUUAUAUAUUAAAGAAAGAAAGUACCUUCACGAUAAACCACUCUCAAUGAAACUUCAAUUAAUAAGUAUUUGGAAUACAAUGAAACUUAAAUUGAUAAUGCCAAAAGGUAUUUGGGAAGAAGAUGUUGAAGGGUAUAUGAUAGAUAAUACUCAAAGUUCAUUUGGUAUAAGAAGAAGAAUUGUCAAAGAUUAUGGAUUUAAAGAAAGAUAUAAAAUUUUAAAAGAUACAAGAGGAAAAACUCUUCAACUAAAUUUAAUACAAAAAGAAGAGAAAAAUAAUAGAAAGAGUAGUGAUGAUAUUGUUAUUAUUUCUGAAUUAGAAUAUGAUGAAUUUGAAGAAUUGUUUAAUUGUUUACAACUUUAUGGAUUAGAAGAAGUUCCUUGUUUUAUAAAUAUUAAUUCAAAUGGAAUAAAAAUUAUUAAAAGACUACAUAAAGAUAAUAUUAAAUUCGAUAACAGUUCUCAUUGGAUUAAAAUUGAUUGGAAUGAUAUUGUUUGUAUUUUAAAAAGAAGAUAUUUACUUCAAAAUAAUGCUAUUGAAAUAUUAACGUGUUAUGGAAAGUCAUUAUUUUUAAUCUUUGAACAUAAAUACGAUAAAGUUGUUAAAAAACUGAUGAAAUAUAAAAGUGAAUCAUUUGAUAUUAUUCGUGAAAUUGAAUCACCAAUUAAUAUAAUUAAUAAAAUUGGAAAAGUGUUUAACCAAAUAGAUGAGAUGACUGAGUUAUGGAAAAAAGGAGAUUUAUCAAAUUUUAAUUAUUUAAUGUAUCUUAAUAUUAAAGCAGGAAGAAGUUUUAAUGACCUUUCUCAAUAUCCUAUUUUUCCUUGGAUAUUAACUGAUUAUACUAGUAAAACUAUUGACUUAAAUGAUGAGCGUAUUUAUCGUAAUUUUGCUUAUCCAAUAGUUGCCCAAACUGAAAACAAAAGAGAAAAACUACAAAUUAAAUUUCAAGAAAAUGGGAGUCAUUUUGGUAAUCAUUACAGUUCACUUGCAACAACUUUAAUAUUUCUAUUUAGAGUUGAACCAUAUAUGAAAAUGCAUAUUCAGUUAUUUGAUGGGCAUUUUGACACAGACCGACUAAUAAUAUCAAUAAGUAAAUUCUUUGAUAGUUUGUCUGCUACACCAAUAGAACUUAUUCCUGAAUUCUUCUUCUUACCUCAAUUUCUCAUCAACUUUAACACAAUAGAUUUCGGUAAACGAAGAGAUAAUAAUAUUGUUAAUAACGUUGAAUUACCUCCUUGGUGUAAUGGCAAUCCUCGUCAGUUUGUUAAUACAAAUAUGAAAGCAUUAGAAUCACCAUAUGUUAGUCAACAUCUUAAUGAAUGGAUUGAUCUUAUCUUUGGUUAUAAACAACGAGGAAAGAAUGCAGAAGAGGCAUGUAAUGUAUAUCCACAAUGUUCAUAUGAAAUUGGAGAUUUAUCUAAAAUGAAUGAGAAAGAAAAGCAAACAACACUCGAUAAAAUAAGAAAUUUUGGACAAACUCCAAUUCAAUUGUUUAAAACACCUCAUCCAAAGAGAGAAGUUAGUUGUACAAAGUAUAGUACUGGAGUAUUUGAACAAGACAAAAACUAUUCAUUAACAAUUGUUAAUAAAUGUGAAUUUCCAAUUGGAGACAUGAGGUUUGAUGAGAAGAAUGAAAUUAAAAUAACACGAAAAGGUGAAAUAAUUAUUCCAAAUGGAAAUAUUCAAGUUGGAAGUGGUGGAAUUUUGAGAAUAGAACGAAAUGGAAAGAUAAUGAAUAUUGAAGAAUGUCAGAAUGGUGCAAUUCUUAUUGCUGAUGAACGGAAUGUACUAGUUGGGGGUAGUGAUGGUAGUAUUCAAAUAAUCGAUAUUAGUACAGAUAUACCAAAGAAACGAGGAAGGUUGUGUGGGCAUGAUACAGCAAUUACAUGUUGUAUAAUUGAUAAUAACAAUAAUAUUAUUAUUACUGGAGACCAAGAUGGAGUUUGUUUGAUUUGGGAUAUUGGAAUGUUAAUGUGUUUACAUGUAAUUGAAGUGGGAGAAUGUGUGAUAGGAUUAGAUAUUAACAAUGAAACAGGAAAUUUUAUUGUAUUAACGCAACACCAACUUUAUUAUUAUGAUAUAAACGGUGAUUUAAUAAGCCAAAGUCAAUGGUUUGACUAUGACCAACUCACUUCUGUUGCUAUUACACAAACACCAUUGUGGAAUGACAAAACGUUCAUUGUCAUUGGUGAUAUAAAAGGUAAUAUCAUAUUUUUGAAAUUAAAUGAUAGUCUUGAGUUUGUUCAUUAUCUGACUAUUCCUAGUUAUCCAACACCAAUUGAAUCUCUGAAAAUUUCAGAUGAUAAUACCUCUAUUUUAAUUGGACAUGUAAAUGGCAUUGUAAUUUGUUUGAAUUAA